AUGUCUUCCAACUGCUUUCCAACUUUAAGGAGAAGAAAUUGACACCUGGAGUAUGGAACUGUUCAGAGAAUUAGACUAUAACAGGACUAUAAAGUCCUAAAUUCAGCAUUUUUUUUCCUCACUGAAGAGAAACAAAACAAGAACUGUGUGAUUUUUGUUAUUUUAUAAUUGAAAAGACUGAUGUGGAUUUGAGUUUGCUGAUUUAAAGAAAUGAUGUGGAAUAUAAAUAGGAAAGAAUGCUGGCAACUUCAAAGCAAAAUGAAGUUCUUCCUAUUGCUUUCAGUCUUUGGGAUCUGCUGGGCUCAGUAUGCCCCAAACACCAAAUCUGGACGGACAUCUAUUGUCCAUCUGUUUGAGUGGCGCUGGAAUGACAUUGCUCUUGAAUGUGAGCAAUACCUAGCUCCAAAAGGAUUUGGAGGGGUUCAGAUCUCUCCACCCAGUGAAAAUGUUGUGAUUCAUAACCCUUCAAGACCUUGGUGGGAAAGAUACCAACCAAUUAGCUACAAGAUAUGCACAAGAUCAGGAAAUGAAGAUGAAUUCAAAGACAUGGUGACUAGAUGUAACAAUGUUGGUGUCCAUAUUUAUGUGGAUGCUGUAAUUAAUCAUAUGUGUGGGAAUAGUGUGAGUGCGGGAACCAGCAGUACUUGUGGAAGUUACUUCAACCCUGGAAAUAGAAAUUUUCCAGCAGUCCCAUUCUCUGGUUGGGAUUUUAAUGAUCGUAAAUGUAAAAGUAAAAGUGGAGACAUUGAGAGCUAUAAUGAUCCUUAUCAGGUCAGAGACUGUCGUCUGGUUGGUCUUCUUGAUCUUGCACUGGAGAAAGAUUAUGUGCGUUCCAGGGUUGCUGAAUAUCUGAACCGCCUCAUUGACAUUGGUGUAGCAGGGUUCAGAAUUGAUGCUUCUAAACACAUGUGGCCUGGAGACAUAAAGGCAGUUUUGGAUAAACUGCAUAAUCUAAAUACAAGGUGGUUCUCUGAAGGAAGUAAACCUUUCAUUUACCAGGAGGUAAUUGAUCUGGGCGGUGAGCCAAUUAAAAGCAAGGAAUACUUUGGAAAUGGCCGUGUGACAGAAUUCAAGUAUGGUGCAAAACUAGGCACGGUUCUGCGCAAGUGGAAUGGAGAGAAGAUGGCUUACUUAAAGAACUGGGGAGAAGGAUGGGGUUUCAUGCCUUCUGAUAGAGCACUUGUCUUUGUGGAUAACCAUGACAGUCAGCGAGGACAUGGAGCUGGAGGAGCAUCUAUUCUUACAUUCUGGGACUCUAGACUGUACAAAAUGGGAGUUGGAUUUAUGCUUGCUCAUCCAUAUGGAUUUACACGAGUAAUGUCAAGCUUCCGUUGGCCAAGAUAUUUUGUAAAUGGACGAGAUGUUAAUGAUUGGAUUGGGCCACCAAAUGAUAAUGGGGUAAUUAAAGAAGUUACUGUUAAUCCAGACACUACUUGUGGUAAUGAUUGGGUCUGUGAACAUCGAUGGCGUCAAAUAAGGAACAUGGUUAUGUUCCGUAAUGUAGUUGAUGGCCAACCUUUUACAAACUGGUGGGAUAAUGGUAGCAACCAAGUAGCUUUUGGAAGAGGAAACAGAGGAUUCAUUGUCUUUAACAAUGAUGACUGGACAUUAUCUUUAACUUUGCAAACUGGUCUUCCUGCUGGCACAUAUUGUGAUGUUAUUUCUGGAGAUAAAAUUAAUGGCAACUGUACAGGAAUUAAAAUCUCUGUUUCUGGGGAUGGAAGUGCUCAUUUUUCCAUUAGUAACUCUGCUGAAGAUCCGUUUAUUGCAAUUCAUGCUCAAUCUAAAUUAUAAAAUUUGAAAUAAAUAAAUACACAUACUCACAGAAAUAACCAAGUGCAUUUCUUUUC